UGCUUUUGUCUGUUUAGACUCAACCCACAAAAAAAGAAGCAGCUGUUCCUAGCAAAGUUUAGGUUAAAGUUUUUCGCCGGCGAGUAAAUAAUACUUUUAAACAGAUUUACUAAUAUUGUGUCCCCUAGAGGCGACGUACGAGCCAUGGCAUACAGAUGUACGUGUAACUGAUGAGGAUCAAGAGUAAUGGACAUGCUUUUCACUUAACAUCUAGUCAGCGUCUGAGGGCCAGUAGCAAUGGGGACACAGUUCACAAUCGAUGACGCGUUCGUCCUGGAGGGGGAGGAGGAAGGUGUGGUGCCUGAAGAGGAUGCGGGGGAGUGGAAGGGCAGAGAGAAAGACGGCAGCGGAGAGAUGACAUUUGGACCUCUUUCUUUUACCAAAACACAAAGUCAUCCUUCUGGAUCUGCCGGCACUCCUGAACACAGCAAUCUGAAAUAUCAGAACCUGGAAAAUGAAGAUGCUUUGGGUGGCACUGUGAACUCCUCUUUCAAUAACUUCUUCAAAAUCAGUGAUCCUGCUACUUUGUCCUACUGCAGCUCUCAGUGGUCAUUCAGCACACUCAGCUCAGUCACACAGCUGUCUGCUCACUGCUGCGGGUGGACGUCUCACCCACUAGUGAAGAAGAACAGACGAGUGGUUCUCGCCUCAUUCCUCCUGUUAAUCACUGGAGUUGGUGUUUCGAGUGCAAUUUUCUUUGUUCCUGGAUUUCUCCUCUUCAUUCCUGGUGUCUAUCAUGUGAUCUAUAUAAGCUGUGCAGUUCGGGGACGAAGAGGAUUCAAGUUUUUUUAUUUGCCGUACUUUGAGAAGUAACAAAAGUUUCUCUUUACAUCAUCCAGACCAGUAGUCUGGAUCACCGAGCAUUUCAAAUCCCUAAAAAUGAAGUAAGGGGGAUGACUUCUUUUUACAACCUCAGUUACUUGUGGUUUUUUUAAAAACUAUUUCAACAUUUGUUUGGUUGUAAAAGCCAGCCUGUAUGCAAUUCUAAUUUCUACAGAAAGAACUAACAGCAGAGCUUCAACUGUGAUUUACUGUCAAGUGCAACAAUGUACAAUCUUACUUCAUCUGUGUUCACAGAAUUUGAGAAGCCACAUGUGAUUGAGAUUUUGUGUAUUUAAAUGUUCUCAAUUCAGUGAAGCAAACUUCGAGUUCAGCAAUUAUUAUAAGCUGGUUAUAGAUGUACAAAGUUUUGUCUUAUGUAGUGCGCCAUUAAUAACAUGAACUUGUUCACCACUAGCAUUGUGUAGUGAAAAUUAAAUAAUAGAAAACAAAGCAAAUGACAAGAAGAAAACCAAGCAAUUUACCAUUUAGGCCACCACACACACGCACACAUGCACUCUAUACUUGUAAAACUUUGACUUUCAUCUUCCACCUAUUGUAAAAUCAUUUAAGAUGCAGCAACCAAAGUGACAUGCUUUUGGACUGAACGUUUUUCUUAACUAUUACCACUACUAACACUUUAAACCACUGUUUUAGUCCUAAAACAAAUGUGUUGAAAAGAUUUUGUAUUGUGUAAUGUGUUUUUUUUUUUAUCUUUAUGACACUACAAUAAACCUGUUUUUAUAUUUGC